GUUUUAUUUUGGUUUUCAUGUUUCGACUGUCAAAAGUAAAUUAAAAAUUAUGAAAAUUGCUUAGUCUUUAGAAUUAGUUGAUUUUUAUUUCUGGACCUGGCUGCAUCUAUAAAUUUAGAUGGCUAGAAGACCGCCUCCAAUACCAACAACGCAUGCACGCACGCCUGGCCCACUCGGGCAGGAUACGAAGGCCAACAACGAAAAAUUCAUCAGGGAUGUCUUCGAAACUACCAACAAGUUUCGCAAUAUGCAUGGGUGUCCUUCGUUGACCGUUAGCAGUGAGCUAACCAAACUUGCUCAAGCCUGGGCCAAUCAUUUGCGGGAUAACAACAUCAUGGGACAUCGGCCGAAGCCCAAGUAUGGCGAGAAUAUAUUUUUGUCUGGCGGCAUGGAUGUUACUGGCGAUUUACCAGUGGAAAUGUGGUAUCGUGAGAUAAAUGCUUUUAACUUUGAUAAACCCGAUUUCACGCCCACCUCUGGUCAUUUUACGCAACUGAUCUGGAAGGCCUGCCGAGAGAUAGGAACUGGUGUCGCGCGCAGAGCGGAUCGUACUUGGGUGGUUUGUAAUUAUAACCCACCCGGCAAUAUUGUGGGACAAUUUAAGGAGAAUGUCCCCAGAAAGCUAUGAUUAUCGUAUUAUAACAUCAUCAAAAGUUGUAAUACAGGUCCAGAAAUUUUUAUUGUUCAUAUCACUAAUAUUAUAGCGUCUAUUUGGUAUGAUUUAUAUAAAAAUUAAGAAUUAUGGAAGCAAAUGUGGCUGUGCCAUUUCUUACUUGAGUAC